CCUGUGGGACAAGAUGGCGGCGUCCCGGUAGUCGUAGGGAAGGCGGGCGUGCUCGGCUGGCGGGAAGGCCUUGGGGAGACCCCGCCGAAGGCUCCGGCGCAGGGUGUCAAGUUCCUUUGUCAGAAUCUACCCGAAUGUCUUUGGUCUACACAGGAGCAGCCGCAGCCUCUUCGGGGUGAGUGGGAGGGAAUUCCCACAUCAAAGCCGUGCUGGAAAGAGUUGCACUGGAGAGGCAGCUGGAGGGUCAAGAUGCUUUCGAGACCACAGCCAGGGGAGUCCGAGGUUGACCUGCUACGUUUCCAGAGUCAGUUUCUCGCAGCUGGUGCAGCCCCAGCAGUGCAGUUGGUGAAGAAAGGAAGUAGGAGAAGUGGUGAUGCUAACCUGGACCGGCCCCCACAGCAGGAUCACCGGGAUGUGGUGAUGUUGGACAAUUUCCCAGAUUUGCCCCCAGCUUUGGUUCCUGCUCCCCAGAAGAGAGCCAGGCCCAGCCCUGGCUGUCUCCUUCCUCAACAUGAGGACCCUGAAGAGAGGCUGAACAGGCAUGAUCAGCACAUCACUGCUGUCUUGACUAAGAUUAUUGAACGAGAUACAGGUUCAGUGUCUGUGAAUCUGCCUGUGCCCAGUGGUGUUGCUUUCCCUCCUGUAUUCCAUCGUUCACGGGAGAGACAGGGGAACACAGCAACGUCUGAUAAGAGAAGCAUCUUUGCCCAGGAAAUUGCAGCAAGUAGGCUGUGUGAAGCCAGGGUUCCACCACUUAGAGAAGUUGUAUCUGCUCUGGACCCACCAGAGGGUGCUGUGACCCGGGAGGCACUUGUGCCUAAAGAGCAGGGCUCUCAGCUUCCGCAGAGUAGCCACAGCUUCCAGGGACCCCAUCUGGUCACAGGGAAAGGGCUCAGGGGCCAGGAGGCCGAGCAAGAAGCCCAGACCAUCCAUGAAGAGAAUAUAGCAAGACUGCAAGCCCUGGCUCCUGAGGACAUCUUGCAGGAACAGCAGCGCCUUCUGGCUCAGCUUGAUCCCAGCUUGGUCGCCUUCUUGAGAUCUUCCAAUCGCAUGCACAAGCAAGCAGGAGAGAAGGCCGUGGAGGAGCAGUGGCCACAAGAACCCUCUGUCAAGGUCACUGGGAAGGAACCCAUUGUGCCAACUUCACCCAGUGAACCUAGGCAGGAAGGUGAGCUGGAGCCAGGAGCCCCAGCUGUGGCGCUGCCUGUGACCCCCAACAGAGAAUGGCUGCAUAUGGACACUGUUGAGCUGGAGAAGCUCCACUGGACUCAAGACCUACCCCCACUCCGGCAGCAACAGACACAGGAGAGGAUGCAGGCCCGAUUCAGUCUUCAGGGAGAGCUCCUAGACCCCGAUGUGGACCUACCUACCCAUCUGGGCCUGCACCACCAUGGAGAGGAGGCAGAGAGAGCAGGAUACUCCCUGCAGGAGCUGUUCCACCUGACACGCAGCCAGGUGUCCCAACAGAGAGUGCUGGCACUGCAUGUGUUGGCCCAGGUUGUCGGCAGGGCCCAGGCUGGUGAGUUUGGGGACCGGCUAGCAGGCAGUGUCUUGCGUCUCCUUUUGGAUGCCGGUUUCCUCUUCCUGCUGCGCUUUUCCCUGGAUGACAAAGUGAAUGGGGUCAUCGCAGCUGCCAUCCAGGCUCUCCGGUCUCUGCUGGUGGCUCCUAGAGAUGAGGAGGUCCUCGAUAGCACUUUCUCCUGGUACUGUGGAGCUUUGGUGUACCCUCUGAUGCCCAGCCAGGAGGACAGAGAGGAUGAGGAUGAGGAAUCCCCAGGAGAAAAGGCAAAAAGGAAGAGCUCUGAGGAAGAAGACCAGCCUCCAUCUGACCUGGCCCGACAUGAUGUCAUCAAGGGGCUUCUGGCCACUAACCUGCUGCCUCGGCUGCGCUAUGUGCUGGAGGUGACCUGCCCGGGACCUUCUGUGGUCCUUGACAUCCUGGCUGUGCUUGUCCGCGUGGCCCGGCAUUCCCUGGAGUCGGCUACAAGGGUCCUAGAGUGCCCUCGGCUGAUAGAUACUGUGGUUCGAGAAUUCCUCCCGACCAGCUGGUCCCCCAUGGGGGUGGAGCCUACCCACAGUCUACACAAAGUGCCCUGUGCUACUGCCAUGAAACUACUUCGUGUCCUGGCCUCGGCUGGUAGGAAUAUUGCUGCCCGGCUGUUGAGCAGCUUUGAUCUCGGGAGCCGCCUGUGCCGCUUUAUUGCUGAGGCCCCCCAGGAACUGGCCUUACCCCCAGAGGAAGCUGAGACCCUGAGCACGGAGGCCUUACGUCUGUGGGUUGUGGCCGCCUCCUAUGGUCAGGGCGGUGACCUUUACAGGGAGCUGUACCCAGUGCUGAUGCGUGCCCUGCAGGCUGUGCCCAGGGAGCUCAGCACCCACCCACCUCAGACCCUGGCCGUACAGCGGAUAGCCUCGUUGCUCACUCUCCUCACCCAUCUGACCCUGGCAGCUGGCAGCACCACCCCUGAACCUGGCAGUGAUUCUGCUGAAGCCAGUCUGUCGGCCACCCCUCCCUUGAUCACUUGGACACAGGUGUCUGGGCUCCAGCCUCUCGUGGAGCCAUGUCUAAGACAGACCUUGAAGUCACUGCCCAGACCUGAGACGUGGAAUGCUCUGGGCCCAGUGCCUACUGCCUGCCUUCUCUUCCUGGACGCCUACUACCAGGCUUGGAGCCAGCAGCCAAGCUCGUGCCCAGGGGAUUGGCUUCAGGACAUAGAGCGUCUGUCGGAGGACCUGCUGCUGCCCCUGCUGGGCCAGCCCACUCUGGGCAGCCUGUGGGAUUCCCUUGGGCGCUGCUCUCUGCUCUGUAACCCAGAGUCCUGUGCUCCAGUCCCUGAAGCUGUGCCCAGCCUUGUGUCACUGGGCUGCACAGGAGGACAUCACCCUUUCAGUUUAGCUGGCUCAGCCUCACCCUUCCCGUUCCUCACUGCCCUCCUCUCUCUUUUCAACACCCUGGCCCAGAUCCACAAGGGUCUAUGUGACCAGCUGGCUGUCAUAUUGGCUGCCCCAGGACUCCAGAACUACUUCCUCCAAUGUGUGGCUCCCGUGGCUACCCCACAACUCACGCCCUUUUCUGCAUGGGCCCUGCGCCAUGAGUACCACCUGCAGUACCUGGCACUCACCCUGGCCCAGAGAGCGGCAACAUUCCAGCCAGUACCAGCCACCAGAGCUGCCCUCCAUCAUGGCAUGGCCUUGGCCCUGCUGAGCCGGCUGCUGCCUGGAAGUGAUCACCUCGCCCAUGAGCUGCUGCGGAGCUGUAUAUUCCGGCUGGAGUUCCUCCCGGAAGGAGCAUCAGGGGGUCCAGAAGCAGCUGACUUCUCUGACCGGCUCUCCUUGGGGAGUGGCAGGGAUCUUGGGUAUGGGCGAGGAGCCCUACUGGCUCAGGCCUGCCAGGACCUCCCCAGCAUCCGCGGCUGCUACCUGACCCACUGCUCACUAAACCGAGCCAGCCUGCUAGCCUCUCAGGCCUUGCCUAGAGGGCAGCUGCAGAGAGUCCCAGCCCUGCUGCUCCCUGUUCCCAAGGAACCGCUGCUGCCCACCGACUGGCCUUUCCUGCCUUUGGUUCACCUCUACCACCAGGCCUCAGACACCCCCUCGGGGCUCCCUCCUGCUGAUGCCGUGGGCACAGCCAUGCGGGCCCUGCAGUGGGUGCUACUCCUGGAGAGCUGGCGCCCCCAGGCCCUCUGGGCUGUGCCUCCUGCUGCCCGCCUGGCAUGGCUCAUGUGUGUGUUCCUGGUGGACGGUGAACUGUUCCGGGAGACCCCAAUACAACAUCUGGUGGCAGCCCUCCUGGCUCGGCUCUGCCAGCCUGAAGUCCUGCCAAACCUCAACCUGGAUUGCCCACUUCCUGGCCUGACAUCUUUUCCUGACCUCUAUGCCAACUUCCUCGAGCAUUUCGAGGCUGUCUCUUUUGGAGACCACCUCUUUGGAGCUCUGGUUCUCCUUCCCCUGCAGCGUCGCUUCAGUGUCACUCUGCGCCUCGCCCUCUUUGGGGAGCACGUGGGAGCCUUGCGAGCUCUGGGCCUGCCUCUACCCCAGUUGCCUGUGUCCCUGGAGUGCUACACAGGGCCUCCCGAAGAUAACCUGGCCCUCCUUCAGCUCUACUUCCGGGCCCUGGUUACUGGUACACUCCGUCUGCACUGGUGCCCUGUGCUCUAUGCUGUGGCUGUGGCUCAUGUCAAUAGCUUCAUCUUCUCCCAGGACCCAAAGAGCUCAGAUGAGGUGAAAGCUGCUGGCAGAAGCAUGCUGCAGAAAACUUGGCUGCUGGCAGAUGAGGGUCUCCGGCAGCAUCUCCUCCACUAUAAACUUCCUAAUUCUGCCCUCCCAGAGGGCUUUGAACUAUAUCCCCAGUUGCCUCCUCUGCGUCAGCAGUUCCUCCAAAGACUGACCUCAGGGAUGAUCCAAAAGGGGGUAUCGGAGACCUAGUAUAGCUGCUACAAAGGAAAAGAAGGAUACAUUCUUCUCAGGCUCACCAGCAGAUGCCAGGCUAGGCAGAAGGGCUUUUUGUCUCUAAGGGAGGGCAGGAGACAGGAACAGAAGGCUUGUCUUCCUGGGAGCAGGCUGUUUGCAAUUUUUUGGAGCAGAAUGAGCCCUACCAUUGUAUUCUGGUAUCUGGAGCUUCUGAGGGUCUGUGCUGGGAGUGAAGGGUGACUUAGCUAUUUACCCUGUCUUGAGGACGAGACACACUAAGUACACCACUGUUUCCUCCCUCUCCUCCUCCUGCCCCAGGCCAAGGUGUAUGAAUGUUAUACACUGAAUGAAGCUUGCACUGAAAUUAAAAAAAAUAUCUCCUGGGUA